AGUAUUCCUAAUUGAUUCAUUGGUGAACCAUUUUCUUUGGAUUGUCCGUCGUCACCGUUUGAGCAUACGAUCUAUACAACUGUAUUAUGGCAACGUUGAUGUCCAAAAAGAGAAGAGCAGUAGCUGAUGGUGUAUUUAAAGCAGAAUUGAAUGAGUUUCUGAUGCGAGAACUGUCGGAAGAAGGAUAUUCUGGUGUGGAAGUGAAACCCACGCCGUUGAGAACGGAAAUCGUGAUUAGAGCUACCCGAACUCAAAAUGUGUUGGGUGAGAAAGGUCGAAGAAUUAGGGAACUAACUGCGUUGGUUCAAAAGCGUUUUCGUUUUCCUGAAGGAACUGUGGAGCUUUAUGCAGAAAAGGUUGCGGAUAGAGGUUUAUGUGCCAUUGCACAAGCAGAAAGUCUACGUUACAAGUUGUUGGGUGGUUUGGCAGUUCGUAGAGCGUGUUAUGGUGUUCUACGGUUUGUUAUGGAAAGUGGUGCAAAAGGUUGCGUGGUGACUGUGAGUGGUUUAUUAAGAGCACAGAGAGCCAAAACAAUGAAGUUUACUGAUGGAUAUAUGGUACACUCGGGACAGCCAGUGAAAGAUUAUGUCGACACUGCAGUGCGUCACGUACUUAUGCGUCAAGGAGUUUUGGGCAUCAAAGUAACCAUCAUGUUGCCAUAUGAUCCUGAAGGAAAGAAAGGUCCCUCAAAGCCUUUACCUGAUAACGUUCAAAUUUAUGAACCAAAAGAAGACAAGAUUUCAGAAAAGAUAGUUUCGACAUUGGCAUAAUAAAAGUUGUUAAGAAUGGUGGUUGUCCAUUCUUCCCACAAGUGAUUGUUGAUUGUCAUGUCUACUUGCCAAGUGACCAUUUUAUUAUUUGCCUCUGCAAAGGAAGCAGUCAAAAGGUCAAGAAUACAACUUACGGUUUCCAAGUCUACUUGUAUUGUGAGUACU